CGGGCCGCCCGCCCGCCCGCGAUGGCCGCCGCCCGCCGCCACCGCCCGCCGCCGCGCUGACAUGGCCCGCAGGAGCGCGGCGCGGCUGCCGCUCUCCGAGCCCGCCGCGGAGCCGCCCGAGAGCUACCAGCUGCGGCAGGAGAACGAGCUCCAGGUGCUGGAGUCCAUCUACGGGCAGGACUUCCAGGACCUGCGGCGGAACCAGGCCUGGAAGGUACAACAACCUCCGGAAAUUAAUUUAGUUCUGCGUCCUCAGGGAUUAACUGGUGAUAAUGAAGUAUAUGCCCAAGUUGAUUUAUGGGUCAAAUGUCCACAUACUUACCCUGAUACUGUUCCUGAAAUAGAACUAAAAAAUUCCAAAGGCUUGUCAAAUGAGAAAAUAAAUGAAUUAAAAUCUGGGCUAGCAGAAUUGGCAAGACAGCGCUGUGGAGAGGUGAUGAUAUUUGAGCUUGCAGACCACAUACAGUCAUUCCUCAGUGAGUAUAAUAAACCACCUUCCAAGUCCUUUCAUGAAGAAAUGCUAAAAAAUCAUCAAAAGGAACAAGAAAGACUGGCGCAGGAGGAGCUGCGUAGGGUACAAGAAGUUAAGAGAAGAGAGGAACAGGAGCAACGUGAAAUCCUUGAUGAGAUUCAGAGAAGGGAAGAAGAGAAAAGAGAAGAAAGGAAAAAGAAAGAGAUUGCCAAACAGGAACGUCUGGAAAUAGUUUCUCUGACAAGUCAAGAGAAUUGCCACAGGAGAGAGACUACAGGGUACAAAGUUGCUCCCAGUUUAAAUGGGGGCUGUUUGGAGCACGGAGGGAACAAUAAACACCGUCCAACUUCAACUGGACGUUCCAAGCGAGAACGGCAUCUUUCUCAUGGUAAUAAUGAAGAGUCCCCUGGAAAUUUUGAAGUUUUGAACUUCAGUACCAGUGGUGCUGGGCAACUUAUUGUCCAUAAAGGAAAAUGUAUAGGCAAAGAUGAACAACUUGGUAAAUCGGUCUACAAUGGCUUGGAAAUUCGCAGCGGAGAAUUUGUGUUAGUAUAUGAGUGGGUUCUGCAAUGGCAAAAAAAGAUGGGAAAAUUUCUUACAACACACGAAAUAGAAAAAAUUGAGAAGUCUAAAAAACAGCUCCAGGGUGCCGAAACAGAGUUCAGCUCCCUGACGAAGCUCAGUCACCCCAACAUCGUACAUUAUAAAUGUAUGAACCUUAAAGAGCAGGAUGAUUCCAUUGUGGUGGACAUUUUAACGGAGCACAUAAGUGGCUGCAGCCUUUCCACGUACUUGUGCAAAGAGACCCCGCUUCCCACUGAGCAGCUGCGCCAUUACGUGACCCAGAUUCUGUCCGCUCUCGACUACUUGCACAGUAACUCGGUGGUGCACAAAGUUCUUUCUGCCUCCAGUAUUUUGGUAGAUGCUGAAGGAAGCAUCAAAGUGACAGAUUACAGCAUUUCCAAGCGCCUCGCUGAUAUCUGCAAAGCAGAUGUUUUUGAACAAACGAAAGUUCGUUUUAGUGAAGAUGCUCUUCCCUACAAACCUGGAAAAAAAGGAGAUGUGUGGAGUCUGGGCUUGCUUUUGCUCUCUCUCAGCCAGGGCCAAGUAACCAGGGAAUAUCCAGUUACUGUUCCGAGCAGUUUACCUGCUGACUUCCAAGACUUUCUGGAAAAAUGUGUUUGCUUGGAAGAUAAGGAAAGAUGGACUCCUCAGCAGUUGUUACAACACAGUUUUAUAAACCUUCCACGAAUGAAGACACCAAUAGCAGAAGAAAAUGCAGAUGACUCCGCAGGAAUUGAUUGUAUUGAGACAGUUGUGCCCAGCAAUCAGAUCUCCAGUGCUUCAUUCUUCACAGAAACACAGAAGCAAUUUUCACGUUACUACAAUGAGUUUGAAGAGUUAAAAUUACUUGGCAAAGGGGCUUUUGGAGCUGUCAUUAAGGUGCAAAACAAGCUUGACGGCUGCUAUUACGCAGUGAAACGUAUCCGCAUAAACCCCGCCAGCAAGCAGUUCCGGAGGAUUAAGGGGGAGGUGACGCUGCUCUCCCGCCUGAACCACGAGAACAUUGUGAGGUACUACAACGCCUGGAUAGAGAAGCACGAGAGCCCCAUGCACCGUGCGUCGUCCUCUGAGGCCCCGGAAGAGAAAAGACUGCCCACCAAGGCAGACCCUUUCAUCCUUCCCAGUGAGGAGACAAAUGACGUGGAAGCCAAUGCUCCGCCUCCUGUUCUGACCAGUUCGGUGGAGUGGAGUACUUCUUGUGAGAGGUCCUCCAGCAACAAAUUCAGUGGAGCUGACCAGGAGUCCAGUGAUGAUGAUGAUGAUGAUGAUGAUGAUGGUGACGGUGUGUUCUCACAUUCCUUUCUGCCAACCACAGAUUCUGAAAGUGAAAUAGUCUUUGAUAAUGAGGAUGAAAACAGUAAAGGCCAUCCUCCAGAUGAAGAGUGUAAUGAAAAGAAUGGCAAUGGAGAAGAAGACAAGCCACCAGUGAUACAGACGGUGCAUUACCUGUACAUCCAGAUGGAGUAUUGUGAAAAGAGCACAUUAAGAGAUACUAUUGAUCAAGGUUUAUAUGAAGAUACUAGUCGACUUUGGAGACUUUUCCGAGAAAUUUUGGAUGGGUUGGCUUAUAUUCACGAAAAGGGAAUGAUCCACAGAGAUUUGAAACCUGUGAACAUUUUUUUAGAUUCUGAUGAUCAUGUGAAAAUUGGUGAUUUUGGUUUAGCCACAGAUCAUCCAGCAAAUGCGGCUGUCUCUAAACGAGAAGAAAAUCAUUCGGAUAAUUGUGCUAAGUCUGACCCAUCAGGUAGCUUGACAGGGAUGGUUGGUACCGCACUGUAUGUCAGUCCAGAGGUCCAAGGAAACACUAAAUCUACGUAUAAUCAGAAAGUGGACCUGUUCAGCCUGGGGAUAAUAUUCUUUGAAAUGUCCUACCACCCCAUGACUACUGCAUCAGAAAGAAUAUUUGUUCUUAGUCAACUAAGACUACCUACUAUUGUAUUUCCAGAAGACUUUGAUGAAGUAAAGCAUGCAAAGCAGCGGCUGGUGAUCGCGUGGCUGCUGACGCACGACCCGGCGGCGCGGCCCAGCGCCGUGGAGCUGCUGAGGAGCGAGCACCUGCCGCCGCCGCAGCUCGAGGAGUCCGAGCUGCACGAGGUGCUGCACCACACGCUGGCCAACGUGCACGGCAAGGCCUUCCGCACCAUGCUCACCCGCAUAUUCGCCCAGCGCGUCUCCCCCGCCAUCGACUACACCUAUGACAGCGAUAUGCUCAAGGGUAGUUUUUCUAUUUGGGCAGCCAAGAUACAGCAGCAUGUAUGUGAGAGUGUCAGCCGGAUUUUUAAAAGACACGGAGCCAUCAAGCUGCAUACUCCGCUGCUAAUGCCUAGAAAUAAAAAACUCUAUGAACAUAAUGACGCUUCAUAUUUCAUGGAUCACAGUGGGAUGCUGGUUAUGCUUCCAUACGACCUCAGAAUUCCUUUUGCAAGAUACGUAGCUAGAAAUAACAUCUCAAACCUGAAAAGGUACUGCAUAGAGCGGGUUUUCAGGCCCCGCAAGCUGGACCGCUGUCAUCCCAAAGAACUGCUGGAGUGCGCGUUUGACAUCGUCACCUCCUCUGGAAACAGCUUCCUGCCUGUGGCAGAAACCAUUUAUGCCAUUUCAGAAAUCAUUCAAGAGUUUCCAGUGCUACAGGAAAGAAAUUACAGUAUUUACUUGAACCAUACUGCCUUACUGAAAGCUAUUCUUUUGCACUGUGGGAUACCAGAGGAUAAACUCAAUCAAGUCUACAUCAUUCUCUAUGAUGCUGUGACUGAAAAGCUAACUAGGAGAGAAGUAGAAGCCAAAUUCUGUAAUCUCUCUCUCUCAUCAAGUAGUCUUUCUCGACUCUACAGAUUUAUUGAGCAGAAGGGAGAGCCAAGUAAUGUAUUUCCAUUUUUAAACACAAUGAUUAAACAGAAAACGGGUGUCACUCAGCUCUUGAAGCAUGGCAUGAAGGAUCUAGAGGAAAUCAUUGGUCUGUUAAAGCAGCUUGGAAUAAAACUUCAGGUUUCUAUAAAUCUGGGACUAGUUUACAAAAUACAGCAGCACAAUGGCAUUAUCUUUCAGUUCAUAGCAUACAUCAAAAGAAGACAAAGAACCGUGCCUGAAAUUCUUGCUGCUGGAGGGAGAUACGAUCAUUUGAUACCACAGUUCAGAGGACCGCAGACAGUAGGACCAGUUCCUUCAGCUGUUGGAGUCAGCAUAGCUAUAGAUAAAAUAACUGCAGCUGUUUCCAGCAUGGAGGAUUCUGUUUCUGCCAGCUCCUGUGACCUCCUGGUAGUGAGUGCUGGGCAGAUGUCAAUGGGCAGAGCUAUCAAUAUUGUUCAGAAGCUCUGGACUGUGGGAAUUCCAGCUGAAAUAAUGUACGACUGGUCCCAGUCCCAGGAAGAACUACAGGAAUAUUGCAGAUGCUCUGGGAUUACCUAUGUGGCUCUGGUGUCUGAUAAAGAGGGAAGUCACGUAAAGGUGAAAUCCUUUGAGAAGGAAAGACAGACGGAGAAAAGGAUUUUAGAGUCUGACUUGGUAGAUCACCUGGUGCAGAAACUGAAAACUAAAAUCUGUGAUGAAAGAUGUGGUAGAGAAACCUCAGAUAAUCUCUCAGUACAAAAUCAAAAGGGAUCAUUUGCUAAUAUUUCAGGUGUGUUUGACUCGCAUGGAACUCUCAUAGUGCCUAACGUUAGUGUUAUAGCUCCGGAAAAAUUGUCUGCCAGUGCCAGACGUCGGCAAGAAAUCCAGGUACAAACAAGACUUCAGACAUUCAUUUCUAGCCUGCAGCAGAAAACAAGUGAGAUUGAGAUUUUAGCAGUAGAUCUGCCAAAAGAAACUGUGAUACAUUUCUUAUCAUUAGAGUUUGAUAAAGACAGACAAACCUUUGAUGCUACUGUGAGCCAGCUGAUGUCACGAUGGCCAAAACAGCGAUGCUCUUAUCUGCAAGCCAUUUGUGAUGAGAUUUACAGCAUCAAAAUGGAAAAGAGGGUUCCCGCGCUCAUCCUGUACAGUUACCGAGACGAAUACAAGGUUUUGUUUUAGUGCUUCAAGCAUCCCUUAGGGGCUGCUUCGGCUGGAGGAGGAUGGUAUUUUUGCAUAAGAGGAUUUCAGAAAGCUGUUA